UAAUAACGCAUAAUGUUAUUUUAUAGCUUGACCGUGCUCGGUGAUCUGCUAGUAAUGUCUGGUUCGAUAUUCCAGCUUCCGGGGUUUGGCAGCAGACCGCCGACUAAUUGAACACAGAGCUCUGCUGUGGGAACACUUUUUGGAAGUGAUGAGUGAAGACUCUAACCCUGCAGCUUCACCCAGCCCCUGUCAGGACAUCCAGGGAGAUGGUCGAUGGAUGUCUUUGCACAAUCGAUUUGUAUCAGACAGUAAAGGAAAAGAGCCUGAUGUUCUGUUUGUUGGAGAUUCACUUGUCCAGCUUCUGCAUGAGUUUGAGGUUUGGCGAAAACUGUUUUCUCCUCUCCAUGCUCUGAAUUUUGGGGUUAGUGGGGAUGCUACACAGCAUGUAUUGUGGAGACUCAUAAAUGGAGAACUGGACUACAUCAGCCCAAAGGUGGUGGUGUUGUGGGUAGGCACUAAUAAUCAUGGUAACACCCCAGAACAGAUCUGUGGAGGCAUCAUGGCCAUCAUCAAUGUGAUCCAUCAGAAACUGCCCCAUGCUCACACUCUUGUAUUGGGGUUGCUGCCGAGAGGGAAAAGUCCAAACCCUCUUCGUGAGCGUAAUGCGAGUGUGAAUGCUCUAGUUCAGGCUGAGGCAGCUUCUCUGUCUUAUGCCUCCUUUCUGGAUGUGGACCCUGGGUUCAUUCACUCAGAUGGUUCUAUCUUACAUCAGGACAUGUAUGAUUACCUGCACCUCACGCAGCAGGCCUACCAGAAGGUGUGCCAGCCCUUAUAUGAACGCAUCAAAUCCCUGUUAGAUAAACAGGCUCCCUGAACGCAAAACAAGAUACACCAUAAACACCGUUUCCUGCACAUGGAACGGAUGUUUCAUCCUUUAUGCUCCACAUUUAGAGCAUUAUUGAGACAUAAACAUCCUCAGGAUAACUAAUGACUGUUUAAUAGACACAAACGCAUAUAUAUCACAUGCUUUCUGUCAAUAUGCAUUGCUGCUUCCUCGUUACUAUAAGAGAACCAGCUUAAAGGCAUAGUUCAUCCAAAAAUAAUAAAUUGUGAUGCCAUUCUUUGUGUAUUUCUGAUCAUUGUGUGAUUCAACAAUUUUUGCCCCCAAAUGCAUUUUCUUCUCUGUUCCAUAGAAUAAAUAGUUAUUCAGGUUUAGAAUGACAUGAGGGUGAGUAAACAUAAACAGAAUUUUAUUUUUGGGUGAACGAUCCCUUUAAAUUGUCAGAUUUAUUCUCUUUACAUAAAAAGGUUAGUACAUUCCUAAGUGUGUACAUGUAUUACAAGACACAAUAACUGGUAUGAUGUUGUUUUCAUGAUGACCUCUGAUGAGUGAUAGCUGUUGAAGUGUACAUAUGUGAUGUGUCCUGCUGUUGUGUUUUGAUUGCUGAAGAAUUUCUUGUAAACCUUGUGUAGGAAACAGCCGCUUUCCCAAAAGCAUGCCGUGUAGCCCUUCAUAUGUUAAUAACUGCAUGUUUAUUUGUUGAAAGGAACAAUAUGGGUUCAUUUGGUUUCUCCUUUACUGAAUCCACAGUGCAUGCCCACAGGCUCUUUUCUGAGAAAAGGGAAGGUGCUUUACACAAAGUUACGUACCUUUAAAAUGAUUCUGUCAGAUGUGACGUUUUAGAAAUUAGUGUUUCAGUUAUUUUGAACAGUGUUUUUAUUAUUUUGGUAAGUUUCUCCCACGUAUAUGUCUACUUUAUAUUUAUAUUGUUAAUUUUGUGUUAUGUUCCAGUGUGCGAUAAGCUGUCAAAUCGCAAGACAGCAGGUGAAUUAUAUGAACAAAUUUACUUUGUGGAUGAAAUCCUAAAAUCUCAUAACACAUGGAAUAGGUUUGGUUGGUCUAUGUAUGGCUCAGUUUCUAAUAAGUAGAGAAUUUAAAUCACAAGGAGCCAAUCAAUUGUUUUAUUUUAAUUGCAUUACAGUUAGAUCACAUUGUUGUAUUUCAACCAACAAACCAUCACUUUUAAAUGUUGAAGAAUGUGGUUAAAUGUUGCAAUGAUGAUUCUGCUGUUGCUUUGUCCUGUUUUUGUUCGUGCUGGUUUGUCUGAGGGGUUUUUGUGAACAUUGUUAUCUUCUAGUAGCCUUGAUAUUCCAGGAGAUGUAUUUUCUUAUGACUUCAAGAUUCUGAGGUUUAGAUGUUAUGCCUGGUGCUGCAAUAAACAACUAUCAUGGAAAA